CCGUCCCCUCAGUCGUUCGGCCGCUCACGUCGAGAGUGGACGUGUCGCGUUCCGUCGUCGCCCCGCACGUAGUGUUCGUCAAACUAAAAAUUACAAACUGCGACCGGUCUCUGUUCACGCGACGUCCUCUAUCAAAGUGAAUGCCUGCUUUAGUAACUGGAACCGUUUCGGUUUCCUCACGUUUUAUUGUUUUACGUUAGCAAGUGCAAAAUGUGAUGUUAUAUGUGUGCUCGACAAGCGUACAUACCGGCCUGUGUAACGUUGCCUCUGAGUGAACUCAUGUGCUUACGAUAUUGGAAACUGUAAUCUUUAUCUUCGCACUAUAAAGGAUUUAUUUUAAAGAUACAGCGGGGAUGACAUUGGAGCCUAUUAUAAAAUAUUCCUGAUCUUGGCACUGCAGUCGACUAAGAUGAGAUUGAGAUCGGAACAACGGAUAUGUGAGAGUGACAGCCCUGUACAUAACUGCAACGCACACAUCAUGCCGACGGAAAGAAAAUCGCACACACCCUGUAGUUCCAGUUUGAGAGUAGCAACGAUGGCGCGGUUCGGGCGGCGCGCGGCCAGCUCACUUACGUUCAAUGUUUUUAUGGUGCUGUUUAUAUCCCUGGAGCUGCUGAUCUGGCGCAGCGGCGCGGUGGCGCUGGCCAACUGCCCGACUGGCUGUAACUGCAACGACGACACCCUGGUGGUGGUCUGCGAGGAGAGCCGGCUCGACGUCCUGCCCAUAGCCCUCAACCCCUCCAUACAGCGGCUAAUCAUCCGCAACAACAAGAUCAAGACCAUCGACAGCUCGAUGCAGUUCUACACCGAGCUGCAACACUUGGACCUCUCCCAGAACCACUUAGUCAAUAUACCAAUGAAUAGCUUCGCAUAUCAACACAAAAUACAGGAGUUACACUUAAAUCAUAACAAGAUAUCGUCUGUCACCAACACCACCUUCCAAGGAUUGACUUCGUUGACUGUGCUGAAUCUAAAACGCAACUUCCUAGAGGAGCUGACGAACGGCGUGUUCUCGACUCUGCCCAGAUUAGAAGAACUAAACCUGGGUCAGAACAGGAUAUCGAGAAUCGAGCCUAGAGCGUUCGCCGGACUGUCUGCAUUGAGAAUUUUGUAUUUAGACGACAAUCAACUCAGCACUGUCCCGACGAAUUCGUUUAGUCUUUUGGGCAGUCUCGCAGAACUUCACGUGGGAUUAAACGCAUUUUCAUUUCUACCCGAUGAUGCGUUUGCAGGACUGAACAGGUUGGCUGUUCUCGAUUUAAAUGGAGCUGGACUCUUCAAUAUAAGCGAUAAUGCUUUCCGAGGUCUUCCAGGCCUGAGAAGUCUGAAUCUAGUUGGGAACAGGCUGAGCGUUGUGCCCACACAACAGUUAUCUGGCCUUACGAGACUAGAAGAGUUGACUAUCGGCCAAAACGACUUCCUCGUCUUAGAAAGUCAUUCGUUCAAGGGACUGAAAAACCUUAAGCUACUUGACAUCACAGGCGCAACGCAACUUGAGAGGAUUGAAAAGGGCGCGUUCGAAGACAAUAUUAAUUUGGAAUCUAUCACUUUGGCGAACAACAAAAAGCUAUCGGUGUUAGAAGACUGCACUCUUCUUGGCUUGCCGAAACUCAAGCACGUUUCUUUGAAAGAUAAUGCGAUUUUGACAUUAAGGGAAACUGUUUUCGUAGGCAAAGAACUGAGGCAGUUGGACUUGAGUGAGAACCCUAUAUUUUGUGACUGUCAAUUGCUGUGGCUCGAAGAACUCUUAAACGACAAGAGCAACUUCACGCAAAUCCAAUGUGCGAGUCCCGAACAUUUGAAAGACAAAUAUCUUAGAACUCUAAAUGCUGAAGAUUUAGGCUGCGUCCUACACGACACACGACAACAGACGAUCAUAUGCAUUGUAGUGGUGGCGUGCGUCGCAGCAAUAUUCACCAUCGUCCUCAUACUAUACAAAUACCGCAAAAGCAUGCACGAGAAAUUAAAGGACUAUAAAUGGAACAAGGGUCGUAAAAACUUGGACUAUCACAAGCCUAUAUCGACGGAGGAAGACUGCAUAGUGCGGGGCAUCCACCCGUCGCAGUACCCCGCCCCGCCCCCGCACACCCCCGGCCUCAGGCCGAUUCCAGUGACGGAACUGUAGCUAGAGCUUUACGCCUCGCCGAGCGUGUUCUUCAUGUCAGGCGGCCAGGGCUCGACGCGCCGGCCGCCUCGCUCGGCAGGCGGCGGCACGCUGCCCGCCAACGGGUUCACGUACAUCGGUGGCGAGGCGCGCGGGCACCAGCCGAUGACGCUCAACAAUGGCGCGCCUGCGCACCAUCUCAAUAACGGCUCCCUGCGCUCGCUGCCCGACAAAAAGAAUAACCGCAACGGCGUCGUCUGCCACCCGGAAAACUUCCAACGGAACCUGGACACGCGUUACUCCAGGAAGCAGGAGAACGGCUACCUGCGUAACUCUGAGACCAUCAUUGGGUUCCCGCGCAACGAGCGGGACUAUGACCGGGAACACGAGUACAGCGAGCCCGAGUACUCCAUCAUCCCGGAGAGCGGGUACGGGCGGGCCGAGGACUACCCGCGCUCCUGCUCGCACUCCAACACCUUCAACUGUUGAGAAGGCGCGCUCGCUCCUUCAAUCAUUUGUGAUCUUGUAAUUCUAGCAAUAAAUCUUCAUUCCAUUAAGUUUCGGACGGUGGCAGCUGUGACGGACGUAGUGCUCUAGAGCGGUUAGUGACUUUAGUAUCCGGCCCGGUGUACGUUCGACCAGUGUGGACUAUCCUAUAUCGUAUUCAUUUUAAAGAGUACCUUUGUAAAUUAUAAAUUUAAGUAGUGAUAAAUAUAUUUUUCAACGGGACGUCGAUGGGCGGUGGCGUUUGAAAGUGUGACUUUCAUUCGGGGCAUGCGUACAAUGACUAGUCGCGACGAGACACCUCGCUGACGUGAGGCAGCGGGAGAGGCGAGGAGGAUGAGGCAGUGGUGGCCGGAGAGUCGAGGCGGGCCGGCGCGGUCCCUUGUAUGAUUAUACAUCAUGAAACAUUGUGAUUUGUAAUUAUUUCUACCAGUGCGGUGGAUUUUGUAUUUGAUUUUGUACAAAAAACCAUUCCAUAUGAAAUCUUUUUAAUGUCUCUUAUUUUUAUUUAUAGAGUGUGCGUUAAAUAAGACACCAAUAUAAGAAAUAAAUAUUAGAAUUAAUAAAUGUGUAAAUAUAUUUAUAUUAUAUUGAGAUAUUUAUAAAAUUUAAUACGAUCUUGUUCUUCUAAAAUUAUCGUAAAUAAUUUCUGGGAUAUACUGUAUUGUUUGCUAUGUCGACUGAUGUCCCUGAAUACAUAUUUCUGUCACUACGUAUCGAUUAUAUCGAUUAUCGAUAUACCUACCGUGUGUACUCACUAAACUUCGUAUUGUGUAGGUAACAAGCACUUUGCAAUAUCAAAUCACCUUCAAAUACUUUCUUACGCUCAAUCCUAAUAUUCUAACUUUAUUAAGAUGUAAAAAUGAAACACAAUGUCAUUGUAACUAAGAGAAAAUACUCAAUGAAAAAAUGUAACUAACUUAUGUUUUUUUUCGUAAAAUGUAUAAAUUAAUAAAUGUAUGAUCUGUUCGAAAUGCCAAAUAUUCCGAAAAUAAUCGAUUAUCUUCUAAAAAAUUAUAUUUCUAAUUUCAAAUUAUUACAAUCAAAACUCGAAAAUAUAUUAAAUAAGCAUAAUUAGUUAGCUUGAAACGGAAAAACAUAAAUUAAUAAAUCUUUUUAAAUGUCAAUAUCAGAAAUAGUUCGUUUUACUGGCAUGAUUCCUAAUUCAAAAACCAGUGUUGCUAGAAAUGCAAAUCAUAACAUUCGAGCACAGCGCAGCGCACGCAAUCACUCAUUCAUUAACGGGUCGUACAAGUUAAUUAUGUGUGUGUUAUGAGCUAAUUAAGUUUAGCAAUCAUCACUUUAAUUAACUUAAUUGCGUCUAGUGAACUAUGACAGCGCCUGGUAAUCCACCCUCCGCUUUGAAUUUAAUGCUGCAAUUCAUUUUAGACAUAACCGUGAGCUUGGUAGCUAUUGUUUGGGAAAUGAGAAUAUAAAGCGUUUAAAAUUCAUGGAAAUUUUAGUGCAAAACAAAGAAAGGACUGAGAUAGUCGAUAAUGAUAUAAAACGAAGUUAGUUUUAAUGGUAAAAUAAUAAAUACUACAUAGUAUGUAUUUCGAACAGGUUAUUCAUAUCUAUGAGACAUAACUAAAGGGAAAUUUAUAUACUAUUAUGAUGUAUAAAUAAUUAUUUUUAUUACACUAACUUUCAGCGUACCUAAUGUAUUGGCGUUCCAACAAGAUACAAUAUUUAAACUUAGAAUUAACACUAGUGUUGCAAUAAUUAAUAUUUAAAAUCUAAUUAUAAACAAUUAAUCGUACUUUUUGAAAAUUUUGCAUCGAAAUAUAUUAUUUAAUUCUGGUAUAGAUAAAAUCACACUUCAUUAUUAAUAUUUUAGUGAUAUGACUAUUACGUUUUCAAAACCUUUUUUUUGUAUCUUGAUGGAAGUUUGUCACUUUCUAACAUUUUUCUAUAUUUCGACCUACACGAUAUCUGCGUCUUCUCGUAUUAUGUUAAUGUAAAUAUGGAGAAAUUAAAGACUAAGGUUUAAGGCAUGUGUUGUGCCUAGCGGAUGCCUAUACGAAGUAUACAAGAAAAAUGAUAAAUACAUAUGAGGAAAUUGUGAUUAGAGUUACUGACGACAUUGUAAUAGAAAUCAUCGGUCAUUUCUGUACUUUAUUGUAGUUAUUACCUACAUACAAACUCGAUAAAUAUAACAUACCUCAAAUUUA